AUGGCCUCUUUCCUCCGCUCCACCCUGCGCACCGCCGCGUCGCGCGCCCUCCACACACAACCCGCCGCGUCGCCAGCAAGCACACCCAAUGCGCUCGAGCUCAUUCGCUCUCAGCCCUCCCAGUACAUCGUCGCCAGCGUUGCAGGUCAGAAGUACAUCCUCUCGCCACGCGACCUCCUCACCGUGCCGCGUCUCAACGACGUAAAAGUCGGCGACGUUCUCAAACUCUCAAACAUACACGAGAUUGGCUCGCGUGAGUACACCGUCCGCGGCAGUCCCAUCAUCCCCUUGGAGCAUGUCAACGUGGAAGCAACGGUGGUGGAGCACACCAAGGGACCCAUGCAGUUCAUUGUCAAAAUGAAGAGGAGAAAAGGCUACAAGAGGACGGUGCAGCACAAACAGACGUACACCCGCUUGCGCAUUGGGCCCAUCCACAUUCCGUAUUCCUCGACAGCGUCAUCGUCAUAG